AUGAGCCGGGCGAAUGAGUCAAUUGAGCACUCCCUUGUGGUGCGAGUUCAGGUCUUUGGCCGACGCUACGUCAGACUUCUGCAAGAUAUCUCGGAAUUCGUCAGGAAGCAUGCCUCGUUAUCCUUCUUCCAAAUCCUUUUCGUCAGGGCUCAAACAGUCACUUCGAUCGAAAACUAUCAAGCUCGACUUACGGCCACAAUAGCGGCUUUCCAAAUAUCGGCUCUCGUCAACAUUCAGCAAUGGCAAGAGAGGAACGACAAAGCUAGAGCCAAGGAUCGCCGGUCACUCAACCUCCGCCUCAACCAGCUCGCAGUCGACAACCUCCGUCUCAUGGAGGUGCUCGACACCAAGAACAGCCCUUAG